AUGUCCCAAACCAGCUCAAACCCAGCUGCUACUGCAGCCACUACCACCACUUCCUCAUCAAUUGACAACCCUAGAUUUCCUAUUGUGGCCUUAGAUGCUGAGGGUAAGAAUUAUCAAAUAUGGGCAUUGAGAAUGGAAUCCGUCUUCAAAGUCGGGCAUAUGUGGAACGUAGUCAAAGCUGUGUCAGACGGUGGAGAACCUACACUGUCAAUGACGGAUCAGAAUUAUAUGGAAUGGAUGGACAAGGAUGAACACACCUAUGCCUACAUUCAAUGUCACAUCAACAACGAGUGGACUGACCUGGGGUUGAGAGCAUCUGGGUAUAUCGCCUGGGGCUGA